GCUUUUCGAAAACUUGUUUUGUGUGCUGCAGUCUCAGAAUUGAUACAAAGUCUGACAUUUACUGGGUGAAAUUAUUCAAUUUCAUUGUGGUGGUUCCGGAUUGACCACACAAUAGUCCCUUCAUCAUGUUUGGACCAGUAAGGUCAUCAAAGAGAGUGCUCUCUGAUCGCCAGUCCAACGAAAACUUGCCAACCCCUAAAAGACAAGUUUCGCAGUGGACAACACCCACCAGGACCAAAGAGAACAGAAGACCAUCUAACCAGACAGGUGCCAGCCCAUCGGUUAGCCGGCGCCCUUCACAACAUCAUGUGAGCUCCAGCCCAUUCCACCAAUUUAAAACUCCUACAAGGCCACCAAGAUCGAUUGACACUGCUCAAAGCACACCAGACUGCUACAGCAAGGUAGAGAUAGGCACCCCAAGACGGGCUUCAAAUAGUGCAAGCUCCAAUGACAGCGAUGUUAGCAGUAGCGGGGAUCAUGGAUUUAGUGUUACCGUCGGUGUCAGAGUGAGACCCUUCAACGACAGAGAAAAAGCUGACCGUGAUGUAAAGUGCGUCAUAGGCAUGGACGGCAACGAGGUUCAGAUGUCUUCGCGGUAUGGCCAGUCCAGCCACUUCUGCUAUGACCAUUGCUUUUGGUCAGUGGACAGGACAAGUGCAAACUUCUCUGGUCAAGAAGCGGUCUACAGGGCGGUCGGUCAACCACUCUUGCAUAGCGCCUUUGAAGGCUACAACACCUGUCUCUUUGCGUAUGGACAGACGGGCUCAGGGAAGUCAUACACGAUCAUGGGCUCCAGCGAGGAGAAGGGGAUCAUCCCCAGGUUCUGCAGGGAUCUCUACAGGAGGGUGGAGGAUCCCCAGGAGACCAAGGUCUCCUUCAAGGUGGAGGUCAGCUUCUUUGAAAUCUACAACGAGAAGAUCCAUGACCUCCUUGCCCCUGCCGUGGAGAAGACGGAGAAGUGGGAUAAGUCGACUCCGAAAAAGAUCACACUUAAAGUUCGGGAACAUCCUACCCAGGGUCCAUAUGUGGAGGGACUGUCUACGUUUAAAGCUAAUUCCUAUGCUGAUAUUCACUCCUGGAUUGAAUUGGGUAACAAGCAACGAGCCACUGCUGCUACAGGCAUGAACGACAAGUCUAGUCGUUCCCAUUCGGUCUUCGUCAUCAUGAUGACAAAAACAAAGAAAGAGUUAUUCGAUGGUGAAGAACACAUCCACAGUGUGACCUCAAAGAUCAACAUCAUUGACCUAGCAGGAAGUGAACGUUGUGCGGCUACAAACACCACAGGUGACCGGCUAAAGGAAGGGGCUAACAUCAACCGUUCACUGAUGACAUUGGGCAAGGUCAUUUCAGGGCUCUCUGACAAAUCUCUCAAUCCAAAGAAGAAGGUCUUCAUACCUUAUAGAGACAGUGUUCUCACAUGGUUGUUACGAGAGAGUUUAGGAGGGAAUGCCAAGACUGCCAUGAUAGCCACUGUUAGCCCUGCCAGCACACAUAGCGAAGAAACACUGAGCACGCUCAGAUACGCCAAGCAGGCACGCUCUAUCAUCAACGUCGCCAAGGUCAACGAGGACCCAAAUGCCAGGCUUAUAAGAGAGCUGAGGACCGAGAUUGAAAAGCUCAAGUCCAUGGGAUACACCACCAGAGGAAGGAGACAGAGCGAUGAGGAGAGGAAGAAGAAUGAAGAAAUGGAAGGACUGAAGGAGAAACUGACAGAGUCCCACAGGAGGAUGACAGAAAUGGAGGAGGCAUGGAAGGAGAGAGUGAGAGAAGAAGAAACAAAGAGGAAGAAAAUCGAAACACAGCAGAAAGAGAAAUUGGAAUCUGCUUUCAAGAUAGACAACACAUUACCUAACCUUGUCAACCUCAACGAAGAUCCGCAACUUUCCGAGGUUCUACUCUAUGUCCUCAAGGACGGUGAAACGCACAUUGGUCGCACCAGCCAGAGCGCCCCCAACGGCAUCCAUCUGAACAGUGCCCUCGUUGAAGAAGAUCAUUGCUUGAUUGUGAACAAUGGUUCAUAUGUGACUGUGAGGCCUGUGGAUGAUGCAGAGACAUAUGUGAACGGAGACAGGAUACAUAGAUCAAGACGGUUGCAUCAUGGAGAUCGGGUAGUUGUUGGCAACUAUUAUUUCCGUUACAACGAUCCUAAAGAAGUACGUCACAAAGGAAGGAGGUCAAAGGUCAAUGUUGACUUUGAGUUUGCCAGGAACGAGCUUGCAAAUGCACAAGGAUCAAGAUUACAAUCGGAGAAGGAAGAAGCCAGACUACAGACACAGAAAGAGAUGUUGAAGGGUAUUGAAGAAGCAAAGAAAGCAGCUCAAAAGGAACUUGAAACACAGAGGAGAAAUUAUGAAAGAAAAAUCAAAGAGCUGGAAAAUGAACUUAAAAAUAUGUCAAUGAUGGGUCAUAAGAAAGAGGAGAGUCUUCGACAGAGGACGGAUAACAGAGUUGAUGAAUUACAACAAGAAAACAAGAUGUUGAAGCAGGAGCUGGAGUCUAACAGGAGACGCCUGGAGCUGGAGACGAGGGAGGCUCGCAGGGCCCUGGAGCAGGGUACCACCCAUCAUACCAGGAUCCUGCAGGAGCUGGAGAAGGAGAAGGAGCGGCUCCUGAGGAGUGUGGAGACAUUGCAGGAGGCUCAGAGGGAGCGGAGGCAGAGGAAAGGAGCCGGGAGGAUGGAGCAGGGGCUCCAGGGCAGGAGGGAUCUGCUCCAGCUAUCCAUGAGGCUCCAGGAAGCUAACAAUAUCAGUGACAAACUCAAGAGACACUUAACGUUCAGCAGGCAUGACGAGGAGACAUUGAACCAGAGGUCAGAGGUCACCAUAAGGGUCAAUGACACAAAGAAGGGGCUAAUGACCUUCUGGUCACUGGAAACAUUUGAAGAAAAGCUCCUUCAGAUGAGAGAGGCAUUUCAGGGUAACUGUACGGCUCGAGAGGUUGACGCCAUAUUCACAAGUCAAAAUGGAAGCUGGGAAAAGGAUUUCAAACUGGAUUCACCGAUCGCACACAGGCAAUUCACGUGCUUGUCACGAAGCGAUCCCUCAACCACAACUCCCAUGAGAUCAUCGUCCACCAGCAGCGCUCCGCAUCAGCAGCCUUCCUCGGUUGCCCAUGGAAACGUCCUGGAUGCCAUUGCAACAUCCUGCCUUCGUCACCUAGCAAUGGGAGUGAUGAGGCAAGGUGGGAGGGAGGAGGAUGGGGAACACACCCUUGCUGACAGGACCAUCGGAUGCAUGCACCGGUUGUUGGUUGCCAUGGAAACACUGAGAGGUUCCGGCACGAGAGGGGGAGGUGAUCCCAUUGAAUCAUCCAUCCUAGAGUCGACAAUAUCCAUUGACCUUUUCACCUCUCUCUCACAACUAUGGGCCACCAUGGUACAUAGGCAAGACGAGCUUCAUGGUCAACGCCGCACUCAUCAGGCCAAAGCCAGCCAGGGUUUGGUUGAGCAGAUGGAAGAAUGCAGCCAGAAAUUGGCCAAGACAAUCUAUCAUGUGUUACAGAAUGUCACAAAAGUUGGGAACAGAGAUAACCAUAGAGGUAUGAGUGAGAUGCAGAAAGACCUUAUAUUCACUGCACGUAUAUUGGGAGAGCUUUGCUUCAUCACAGAUACUCCAUGCUGGUCUAUUGGUCAAGGAGAACAUGAGCAAGAUGAACAAAUUGACUUCAAACUGAAGCAAGGUUUCUUGGACGGUGCUGAUGUAUUUGUCGAUAAGACGAUUCAGGAAAGCCUCACUGCCAUUGGUCAGUUUGAAAUGCAGCUUCGUUCUGCCCUCCAUGAUCACAAUCUUAAAGGGGAGGUCAAGAAACCACUAGACCUGGUCCUAUCUAUCUCCACCUCAGCCAAGAUCCUUCUCAACAAGACCCAGGAGGCCCAGCUGGAACUGACCAGUACCCAGACCAGUCCAGAGGACCAGUCUAGACCAGGAUCAUACUAUGGUCAGUCCUAUGCCCGGAGUCUGAGUUUGUCCGGGGAGGUCCACGAUCUGAGAAGCCACAUUCAAGAGCUCUACGAUGUCAUUGUUACAGGAUGGAAAGGAAACCCAUCGAAUGAUGGUGAAGGUGGUAUGAUUGGCUCAGAGUUUGACCCUCUAAAGCUCCGUCUACCGACCGAUGCCCUUCUAGUGGUGGUCAACCGUCUCCCUCAAGCCGCAUCCACCUUGGAGUUACUUGGUAACCAUGGCAAUAGUUCCACCUUCUCCGACACCUCCACCACCUCCUCGACGGACGGUCCCGGCCGUCCGACCGACCUGGUGCGCCUGGCUAGCAGACAGCUCCUGACCCACCUCAGGUCGCUCCAAGAUUACAUACGCAACACCGUUAGGAGGUCACGAAUCCCAGCGGAGUCAGAGACGGGCGUGAAGCGCAGCAAGCACGUCAGGUUUGCAGAGCAUCUCAACAAGAAGGCAUUCAUCUACAAGUAUUCAUCGAUGUCCUCCGACACCGAUUCUAGCGGGACGUGAGAUGCCGUAAGCCUUCUUUCAAAAUAAUGCAACGUGGUUAAACCCUUCUAAAUGGUCACUUGACGUAGUGAUUAUAUGAUUUAUAUUCCUCUUUCUUAUCCCAAACAUUUUGCCCCUGAAAACUUUCGUCAUUAAGUUCUUGUUCAUUUAUAUAUUCUUAGAAAAAUUGCCAAUACUAGUAGCAUUUAUCAAGUCAAAUUAUGAAAAAAGGGCUUUAUUGCCUCAUGAGAUGGAUCUCAUUCCUGAGGCAUUGCAUAGAAUUAGUUAAAAACAAGAAAUUCUAGACAAUUAGCAAGUUUUUACAUCUAGUUCUACAUGUACAUGCACAUUUGAAUUUUUACUUCAUAUACAUGUAUGUACUGGAAUCCACAAUUUUCCAACAUCAGAAAUGUUUCACUGACUAUUUGAUCGUAAGACAAAGUGAUAAUUAGCCCUAAGUUGGUUUUAGACCAGUUUUUGCUUCGACCUAAUGGCAGUUUCACCAAGUGGGUUAAGACAGAAUGCGAUGUGGAGCUAGAAGAUCUGGAAAGUAGACCAGUUGGUAUAAGACCAAGUGUUAUUUGGUCCAAAUGCCAAUUAGACCAAUUGUAUUGUAUUCUGGAAAGUAGACCCAAUGGUAUUAUACCAAGUGUUACAUGGUCCAAAUGGCAAUUUUACCAAAUGUGUUUAGACAUAAUGCAAUAUAAGGCCAGAUAAUCUGGAUAAUAGACCAAUUAGCAUUAGACCUAGUGAUGAUUGGACCAAAUAGCCAUUAGACCAAGUUGAUAGGAGAUGCAGUGGGUUUAGUCAUAAAACAGAGACAUGUACAUGUGAUACAUGGUAUGGAUUAGACCAAUUGGUAAUAUACCAAGUGAUGAUAUCUACUGCAAUUAGACCGAAUGGUGUGAGACUAGUGGUAACUGGACCAAUAGGAGAUAAGACCAAAUAGACAGUUGAUCAAAUGGGUUGUUCAUAAUUGUGGUAUGAUAUGAUUUGUAGAUUAUACCAACUGAUGUGCGAUUAUUUAAUGAUUGCACCCAAUAGGAACAUGACAAAAUUGAUUGUAAGCCGACUGGGGUAAAGACAUGUCAUAUAUUGGUCUUAGAUGCUUUGAGAAUUAGGCUACAUAUAACUGGCAUUAGAUCAAGUAGCUAUAGUCCCACAAUAUCAACACUGCCAUGCCAGGCAAAAUGAUUCACAAAACCUUUGCAACAAAACCGAAGUAACAAUUUCUUAAAUAUACAGUAAUUAACCAAAAAAAUAGUCAAAGGGGUAUGGCCGGGGGGGGGGGGCUCUGGUAAUUGACUUCAUGUAUUUAUGUAAAUAUUGGCUUAUAUGUUAAUCUUAUCGAAAUAGUACUGCUUGUUGCCCGAAAUUAAUUAGAAUGGUUAUGUAUAAAGCAUUGUGGAAACGACUAAACAAAAGGUAUAGCAUAGAAGUCUCAUAAGUGUUUCACAUCCUAGAACUGCCAGAUAUAUUUUCAGGGGGAGGGACUAUUGGGUGGUGUAAAAAGUGUACAUAUUGUCAACAUUUUAUUUCUGCAGUAUAGUAUACCUCUCAACAGACAUUUUUAAGUACAAACAUAUGUAUAUACUUGACCAGUUUAACAUGUAUUUCUAUUUCAAUGACUGAUGUUAUUUAAUCAUAAUUGGCAAUUAAUUUAUGAAUAAUGUGUAGAAAUCUUGUACAAAUUUAUAAAGACAUUUAGACAAAAUUUUGAUAAGCUAGGGUUUUCCUGAAAUCACACUGCUGUAAAUACAUCUGAAUGAAGAUUAAUGUGUAUGGAAUAUGUAUGAAAUGAUAUAUCAUAUAAAUAUUUGUAUCUUUAUGUGAGUAAAUAUUACAAUCAGUAACCAUUUUAUAUAAUAUGUGUGACUGCGCAAACAGGGAUUUACAAUAGAUAUACUUCAAGUUGUAACAUCGGUGUGUAGUUGCAAAUACUCAAAAAGAUUAUGCUCACUUAUAAUUGACGAUUCCUGGUCCAGGGGACAUUUACGCGUACAGUAGAGAGAAACUUAGAACAUUCUUGGAAUUACAAUACUUUUGAACCUUGAUUUCAAAUAGAAAUGUAAAAUGAAACAAUAUUCAAAUGAAACAAAAUACUUGAGUGUCUACAGUGUUUUUCAAGAGAAUAUAUCAAUGAAUUUACCAAACCGAAAUUGUGUUUUGUUGGUAAAGUACCCCUGCUCAGAUGAAGAAAAUAUGUAAAGUAUUGAUCAGGAGGAGUGUGUACAAUGUAUCUUCAAGUUAGAAUGGGACUAUACCUGAAACUAGAUUUCUAGAUAUUAGUAUAGAAGUCAUUACUCAAAAUAUAAUUACACAAUCUAAUUUUUGAGCAACCAACUAUGAUAGCUUACACUCCUCCCCCCAUUCCAAAGUCCUCUCCCUCUCUGUAUCUCUCUCCCCCCCCCCCCUCCUGUCAGUUCAUUGCAUAUAAAUGAAUGAGAAGGAUUAGGCCCAAAAGAUGAAAUUGCUAUCCUUCAAUUAAAUGGGCCUAGCUCCCAGCUGAGUCCUAACGAGGUUUACUGAAAGAUGCCGGCUGAAGCGAUUAGCGGCCAGCCGGCCACCGUGCAUGCCGAACAUGACCUAUAAAGUUAUGCCCAGACCAAGGCUGAAACUCUGACCACACCAUCAUUGCCAUGGUAAAACCAUUCCAGAUAUGGAAUAUGGAUCUCGGCAUGUGAAGAUGCAGAUCGGCUAUUUUUAGCAGCCGACUGUCCUUUGGUUGAGUGCCAUAAUUAAGAGAAGUGGGUGUGAAAAGAUCUCUUCUGAGUUUUGUGGUGACAGGUACUUGAUAAUGAUGACAACAACUAUAAAGAAAUUAUUGUGAACUCCAUGUAAUUAGAGGUAUCAUGAAAUUCAUACAGAACAUGAUGAACUUUGAACUUUAAUUUGGUCGUUGCUACAGUGGUGAUGGAAAGUUGGCGAACCCCUCCACAAUAUGCGCUCCUUCAUGCUGAGUGUUGAAUGUAGACAGCAACACUUCAACUUUGGGCGAGCCCAGAGAAGCAAACUUUACUGAAUGUAAUAUUUAUCACCUGACUUCACACUUAAAUAUCUAUAACAUGGCAGAAUUUGUACACUUAAAUAUGUUCAUUAUCUGGUGGGGUUUGCUAACUUUUUAGCACCUCUGUAUUAGCCUUCACCAGACCGGGCUAAUGUUAAAUUUAUAUCACAUGAAACUAGAAAAUAUAAAAAAGUAUUUAUUCCUAAGUAAAGUUUAAUGGCAAUCAGAGCAUUAAUAUAAAAGGGAAAUGGCAAUGAGCUAAAUCAUUUUUUUUUUCAGACACGAUAUUGAUGGGAAUAGAAUCUAGGGUGUUGGAAGUGAUGUAGCAUAUGGCAAUUACAGAUAAAAGAGACAUGAAGAAGUUAAGAAGUUCGUGCCAUUUCAGCAAUUGAUAGAGGCCAACAUGCCAGGUCAAGCUUCAAAAGUUCAUUUCUGUAGACUUUUGACAUAAAAAGUCUGUUGAUAGAUGUACAAUGGUUUCUUGUAAAUACCACUGUGCGAGAAUAAGCACACGUGUGUCACUCUAUUGUGAACUGCAUGCAAUCUGAAUCAUGAUGUCAAUGUAUAAUUCGGUAUGAGGGAUGAGCGCUAGAGCAAAAUAGCCCAUAAUAAAUGGAUUGAAGCUUA